GAGAGUCUGCGGGCGCUUGAAUCGUCUACAUUUCAUAUCCUCCUCAGACAGUAUUCAUAAUGCGCUUCUUUAUAACUCUUAGCAGUUUCCUCCUCCUUAGUUCUGCAACUGCACAGAGCCCUACCAGCUGCUCUGCGACUCCUAAUGAUGCCGCCGUUGUUGAAUUUGGCUGGGCGCUGAGCUCCUAUCUGGACCAAUUCUAUUCCCAGAAACCAUUGAACAACUCUUUCCUAGACAGUGCUACUAACAGUGCGACCGCCGAAUACGUCUUCAACUUCCAAGGCAUCCAGCGAAGGAACCUCCUCGCUGUGCGCGCCGCGCAGAUCCUCGCCUCCCGCAUCCCCAACGUCCACAGCCCUGGGUGCAACUUCACCUUCCCGCCGUCCCCGGACGGCCAGACUUUCGUUCAGAACGCCCUCACAGUCGAGCGAGCCGCCUCAGGCGCCUUUGUCGGGCUAGCAGCAUACACCAGGUCGCCGGAAGUCUCGUUCCUAAUGUCAAGACUGGCCUCUGAGCGUGCAGCCCAUGCCUAUUAUCUUGCUGCGCAGCAGAUGCCCCUUGAUUUCCUGGCAAACAGCACGUCCCUAAUCCAGGCUUACUCUCCACAGCACGUGCUGAGGUCGGGUAACCAGCCUGGGAAUCUCGGGCAGUUUCUCCAUGGUUGUCUCAGGGCGCCGCCGUCGCCUUGUGGCCUUCCGCUUGGGAUUGGGCCGUUGGGGGGUAGCUUUGGACCGACUUCAGCGUCGAUCACGACAAGGCCUACUAUGUGCUGAAUCAGGCUGUUUUGGCGUAUUAUUGUGGUGGCAUCGUCUAGGAAGUGUGAAUUAUACCAACCCAUCGAGUGAUUCCUAUAAGACCAGCUGAAGGCGCAGUGGAGACAAUAGCUGCCUCCCCGCAUUUCGCGCUUAUUCGGUGCCUCUGAUCAGAGAUGAUAGUAUCCAUAUCCCCAGCUAAUGGGAAGGAGGAUAUUUCAUAUAUGUGCGGACAUAUAGUGCAGAGACCUAUGCCCGUC